AUGACAGAGUCGACUCUUUCCAACUUCGACUCAGUCGAAGUUUGGGAGUCGAGGUCAAGGACACCGAGGAAUUAUCCGGAUGCUUCUGAGACUCCUGUUCUUAAGAAACUCAGGACUCCGGAUUUCGGUUGUAUUGGCGACUGCCUGAAGAAAAAGGAUCUUUUUACGUCCCCCCGACUGUUGCUCCUGUAUCUCGAUCGCAAAUCUUCCAGUUUGCUUGAACCAGCUGAUGUCGUCGAGAAAGAAACACAAUCUUUCUGCUGUUCGCCUACCGGUCAGACGAGGACUUCGAAAAGAUCUAUGGGAAGAGGAAAAUCCUGUUGGAGCCUGGUCACAGGACGCCAUCAGAUAUAUUGUGGGCUUUAG